AUGUCAGGAGUUACUAUUGGAGUUCUAUCUUUGCAAGGAGAUUUUCAACCUCAUAUAAGUCAUUUUCUUAAAUUAGAAGAGCCAUCAUUACAAAUUAAAGAAGUUAGAGAUAAAAUAGAUUUAUGUGGAUGUGAUGGUCUAGUUAUACCAGGAGGAGAAUCGACAACAUUAAGAAAAUGUUUUGCUUAUGAUAAUGAAUCCCUUUAUAAUGCUAUUAAGAAUUUCAUCCAUGUGGAGCAAAAUCCAGUUUGGGGAACUUGUGCAGGCUGUAUACUAUUAUCAAAACAAGUUGAAAACAUUGAAAUGUAUAGUGAAUAUGGGAAGAAUUUUUCUUUGGGAGGGUUGGAUAUUGCGAUUUGCAGGAAUUUUUAUGGAUCUCAAAAUGAUAGCUUUAUAUGCUCCUUAAAUAUUAAUUCAUACAAUAAUAUUUUUAACAAAAAUUUGAGAGCUGCUUGUAUAAGAGCCCCAUAUAUAAAAGAAAUUUUAUCAGAUGAUGUUCAAAUAUUAGCAACUUUCACACAUGAAGAAACUGGCUCCAACAUUAUAGCUGCUGUUGAACAAAAUAAUUGUUUGGGAACAGUGUUCCAUCCUGAAUUAAUGCCUUAUAGUUCAUUUCACCAAUAUUUUUAUGAGAAAGUAAAAAAUUAUAAAUAUUCGUAA